GGCCGCCAUGGACUAACCUUGGCUUCGAAUAGAAGAAUGGUGUAAGCGUCGUUGGCAGCGUAAAAUUGUGCUCGUGAGCUGCAUUUUCUCAAUAAGCUGUGCGUUUGCUGUUUUUAGUGAAUAGUGCUGAAGUAGUUACUCGGUACGGUACGAAUCCGCAUCUGUUUUCCCCUUGCUGUGCGUGUGCUUUUUUGCGUAUGUGUGUACAGAAGAACCCUACAACAGCACGCACACACUGCAGAAUCGUUGACGUUUAGCUAUUACGCCUGCUCAUUUUCUUGGUCAUUUUCUACUUUUUCUGUGCUCGCGCGGAUGCAUCCCCAGUGUUUUUCUCCACCUGCUCCACUGGCUCGCACGAAGAGCGAAACGUGAAUUGCUAAAAAGCAGUGGAACAAUCAUAAUCGGUAAAUAUUGGCCAAAACCGAUCGGGCGACACACUGCGGAAGUGGCGAAAGAAAGGAUCCUCCCAGGGAUCGGUGGCAGAUCAGCAACAACCGCAACAGCAGCAGCAGCAGCAGCCACCUCAAAAGUGGAUUGGACGUAGGGUUGGCUUCCGCUGGGGUAAGCCACACAGAACUGCACCGAACGAACCGGACCGUCCGGAAGAGGCAACAGUAGCUGCCGCACCGCCAGCGCCGCCGCCGUCGCCGCCGCACCGUGCGAAACCUGCAACCGGUGACGAAGCAAGGGAAGAAGAACAAGAAGACCGGCCGGUGGUUGCGGAGCAGAUCAAAGGGACCACUACUGUUGCUGCAUCGAAUCAUCCGAGGGCGCCCCUGUCCAACAGCGGUUCCAUUUUCAGCUCGCUCGUAUCGGCAGCGCCCAAGCGUCGCAAGGCAAACAACAUCCCUACCGGUGGCAGCACUGGUGGUUGUGGUGGUGUUGUUCGGGAGCACGGCGUCGGCAUCGGAGAGGAAGAGCAGGCCACCGGGGAACGACGCCGACGUGGAGGAGGAGGCGGAGGCGUAGGCUUCCAUCUGUUGACCCGCUUUCUCACAGUUCUCGGUGGAAAACGUGCACACCGGACGGCUGCAAAAACGGGGAAGGAAUUUCUUCCGACAGAGGGCUUAAACGUGAUGGACUACGACAAAACGGUGGAAGCGAUGGACACCCAGGACGACAAUGAAAUCGAUCCGCCCAACAUUCAGAACCUCGCCAACGCGGUCGCACCCCCAACGGCAGCAGCUGCCAACGGUGGCGGCGGUGGCGCCGGCGGCAACACCGACGGUGGCGGAGAAGCGAUGGCGCUCGAUGAUCAGGAUUUCAUGAACGACGAGGUGCGCUCGGAAGCAACGUUCAGCUUUCAGAUACCCAAGUUCAGCAGGCUAACCGACUCGAUCCUGUCGCCACCGUACUACGUGCGCAACCUGCCCUGGAAGAUAUUGGCGAUGCCGCGCAACAACGACAAUGCCGUCUCGCCCGGCAAGGGGCUCGGCUUUUUCCUGCAGUGCAACGGCGAAAGUACGAGCAACAACUGGAACUGUUCGGCGUCGGCCGAGCUGCGACUGAUGAAGGUGGAUCCACAGGCCGAACCGUUCAUUCGCAAGAUUCGCCACACGUUCUGCAUGCAGGAGAACGAUUGGGGUUUCUCGUCCUUCAUGAACUGGCAGGAAAUUCUAGACCCAGCGAAUGGGUUUAUCGAGAACGAUACGAUCACGUUGGAGGUGUACGUGAGCGCUGAGCCACCGCGCGGCAUCUUCUGGGACUCGAAAAAGCACACCGGCUACGUGGGGCUGAAGAACCAGGGUGCCACCUGCUACAUGAACUCACUGCUCCAGACGCUCUACUUCACAAACCAGCUGCGGAAGGCGGUGUACAAGAUGCCGACCGAGGCGGACGACGAUUGCAAGUCGGUGGCGCUGGCGCUGCAGCGCGUGUUUCACGAUCUGCAGACGCAGAACAAACCGGUCGGCACGAAGAAGCUGACCAAGAGCUUCGGGUGGGAUGCGCUCGAUUCGUUCAUGCAGCACGACGUGCAGGAAUUUUUGCGCGUGCUGCUCGACAAGCUGGAGAACAAGAUGAAGGGCACCAGCCUGGAGGGUACGAUCCCGAAGCUGUUCGAGGGCAAAAUGAUAUCGUACAUCAAGUGCCAGAACAUUGACUACACGAGCCGGCGCACGGAAACGUUCUACGACAUACAGCUGAACAUUAAGGGCAAGAAGAACAUACAGGAAUCGUUCAAGGAUUACAUUGCGACCGAGAUCCUGGACGAUGACAACAAGUACGAUGCGGGCGAGCAUGGGCUGCAGAAGGCCGAGAAAGGGAUUUUGUUUUACAAGUUUCCGCCCGUGUUGCAUCUGCAUCUGAUGCGCUUCCAGUACGAUCCGAUCUCGGACAAUUCGGUCAAGUUUAACGAUCGGUUCGAGUUUGAUGAGAUGAUCAAUCUGGAUCCGUUCCUGGAGACGGAGGAAAAUACGCCGGCCACCUACAUUCUGCACGCCGUGCUGGUACACUCAGGCGAUAACCAUGGCGGCCAUUACGUGGUGUACAUCAACCCGAAGAACGACGGCAAGUGGUGUAAGUUCGAUGACGAUGUGGUGUGUCGGUGCAGCAGAAACGAAGCGAUCGAGCAGAACUACGGCGGGCAUGACAAUGAGCUGAACCUGCGCCACAGUAGCAACGCGUACAUGCUGGUGUACGUGCGCGAAUCUGUCGUGCAUCAGGUGCUGGAGGAGGUGAAGGAAAGCGACAUCCCGGAAGAGUUGCUCGAGCGGCUGAACGAGCAGCGCCGCAUCCAGCAGGUAAGGCGCACCGAGCGCACCGAGGCGUCCAACUUUGUCAACCUCAACAUACUGCUGGCGGACUACAUGGAAGUGCAUCAGAAGUCGGACCUGUUCGAUGCGACGACCGCCGCCUACCGUACGCUGAAGGUACGCAAAACGACCGACUUGGCGUCGGUGGUGGUACAGGUCGGAAGUGCGUUCAAGGUUGAGCCGGGCCAGUUUCGGCUGUGGGAGGUUAAGAAACCGGCCAACCAGAAGCCCCACAAGUUCGAUUACAUCGACCCAUCGUCGACGGAAACGUGCAGCAAGUAUGCGUCGCCCGAAACGAAGCACUCGUGCACGAUCUUCCUGGAGCUGCCGCUCCCGGGGCGAACCGAGCUCGAGCCGGCCAAGAUGACGUACGAGUACAUACUGCUGUUCUUCAAGUUUUACGAUCCGGUCGAGAAGCGGCUAAACUUUUGCGGACACGGGCUGUACAAACCGUCGACCACGGUGGCGGAGCUGGCGCGCGAUUUGAACAAGCGCGCCUACUUCGAACCCGACACCGAGCUGCAGCUGUACGAGGUGGUGGACAUCAACAAGGCACAGAAGAUUACCGACCAGUUCCAGAUGCUGUCGGCCGCGAUGUCGUUCCUGUGUCACGGCACAAUCAUUGUGUUCGAGAAGCUGCACCCGCCGCAGGAGAACCUCGAGUUCCCGACCUGCGAGGCGUACUUUAAGGAUUUGUUCUGCCGCAUGGAGGUGAUCUUUCUCGAUACGCUCAUCCCGAACGAUACCGGCUUCACGCUCGACCUGUCGUCCGAGUCGACGUACGAUCAGAUCGCGAAAGCGGUCGGUCGCCGCAUCAACGUCAACCCGUACGAGAUCCAGUUUUUCAAGAGCAAAAAUUACAGCGAUCUGCCCGGGCAGCCACUGUCGCACAGCUUCGGUGGUUCGUUGCGGGAGGUGCUGCAGUACAGCAAAACGAAGACGAUACGCAAGCUGUUCUACCAGAAGCUUUCGAUCAACAUUAACGAGCUGGAGAACAAGAAGCAGUUCCGCUGUCUCUACCUGAUGCCGAACCUGAAGGAGGAGAAAGAACUGAUACUGUACCCGAACAAGAACGGGACGGUGCGCGACCUGCUCGAGGAGGCCCGGAAGGUGAUCGAGUUUGCGGAGGCCAGCACGAAGCAGCUACGAAUUUCGGAGCUGUCGAAGAACCGGCUGUCGCCCGGACCGGCGGACGAUACGCCGCUCGAUCAGCUGCACGAUUACACGGAGAACCCGUUCGUGCAGAAAUCGAGCAUCGGUAACCAGACGAUGUACCGGAUCGAGGAGGUGGCGGAGGACGAGGUGCAGCUCGCCGAGCACGAAAUGUUGGUGCCGGUGCUCCACUUUACCAAGGACAUUUCGAGCGUGUUCGGGAUCCCGUUCUUUAUCCGCACCGUGCAGGAUGAAACGUUUGCGUCGCUGAAGGAGCGGAUGAAGAAAAAGCUGGGCGUGUCGGACAAGGAGUGGGAAAAGUACCGGCUAGCGAUCAUUACCGAGCACAUCGACUACAUCGACGACGAGAUGAUACAGAUAAAGCUGGAAACGUUCCGCGGCGAUCCGAGCGAUCCGCACUCGCGAACGUUCCUCGGUUUGGAGCACAUCAACAAAAACACCAAACGCAGCAGGUUCAACUACAUGGAAAAGGCGAUCAAGAUUUAUAAUUAGGCGAGGCAGCGGCAGUGUCCAGCACGACUGGCAAGCAAGCAAAUCACAAAACUCAGUGGAAAAGCCUUUCCCCACAGUCUCUCCUAGACAGGCUAUACGCCCCGCUGUCAUCACCACCACCACUAGCUCCUCUCCUGCCGCCUUUGGACUGUGGGAGCAGCAGCAGUUUUUAAAUUGAUGCAAGUUUGCGCGGAGGAAAGGAAGCAAUUUCGCGUUCGCCGUUCUUCGGCUGUGGUUUGUUGAUCUUUUUUUUUCACGUUCGCUUGCUUGCGAUUCUUCACAAUUCAGCAACAUCCGGGAGGAUGAUCCCCUGUUGACGUCAUGAUGGACAACAAACACGAGGAAUAGUUCAAGAUUCAUAGCAGCAGCGGCAGCAGCAGAGAGAGGGGGGAGAUUGAGUGCAAGACAUUUGGUUAUUAUUUUGGGAUGCAUGAUGAUCGCAGGACAGAUGAGAGUUAUUAUCCUUCAAGAUCGGGCCUCCCGCUUCCAGAACUGGGUCGUACGAGCUCUAAUGCAAGCAGAUUAAAUUUGAUAGUGAUUCAAAUUAAUGCUGAAUUUGUUUUUAAAAAUACUUCCUUAAGCUCCCGAAAGUCGUUUCCCGUUAAACAACAAAAAAAAAAAACGGACCGCGUAACAGACAACCCAGGAAUUGUGGAAACGCGAGUACUAAGAGGCAAGUGAUCUAAAUUAUUGGACGUGUCUAGGUGAGGGAUUUCAACCGGAAUAAGAAAAAUCCCCCCGCUGUUACAGUUGUAAAAACUUUUCGUAAGGAAAACGUUUAAAAUUCAAAAUCCGUUUUAAACCGUCGCGCUCGAGAGCUUUAUGUAUUUGUAUGUCUGAUUUGUAUGUGUGUGUGGCUACAGACUCCAUAUUGAAUAUUUUGCUUUGUUUACAGUUAAUAUAAUCCAUCCUAAAAUAUCCUGUGUUGUUUAUUGAGAUGUUUGUUCACCUCGUUUGAAGAAAAUUUUUAAAAGUUAAAUUCUGGAGCAUUCAAACUCCUUCCGGUGUUGCAACAACGAUGGAUUGCUUUCGAUCUGUGUCGAAGUGAAAAAGGUGGUGCGUUUCAAAAAAUCCUGGUGAUGAACACAAGACACCACAAUUCGUAGAAAAGAGCGAUGGGUGGUGCGGUGGCACCUAGAACCAGUGUCACGGAGAUUAAGGGAGUAAGUUGAUGAGGAAUAGGAAACAAAACGAAUUAUAAAAACCCUUUAACAUUAUAGAUAGAGCGAUAGAGGGAAAUGGAAAGGAUUAAAACCAAUAGGUAAAUAACACACGUUGUAUGAAGCCUAGUGUGUCGGGGGAGAGCAAGAGAUAAGAAGCUAGUGUACAGAUUUAAACAUGGCCAGCUGGAACAUGCUGCGCUGCCCAGUGGAAGGCAAGUUGGUUCGGGUCGUUUAGCAGGGAGAACAGGUGUCGAUGGAGAAGUGCGCAAAAGGAUAGCUAGAACCCGUUUCCCGACGCCGAACGGGCAGGGAAUUUGGAAGCUUUUGUAUUGAACAGUUAUGAACGUCAUAUAAAAAAUCUUUUUUUUUGUUACUAGCUGAGAGUGCUGGAAAAAUGUGUGAGUAUUCGACAACAUCGACGAUGGACGAAUUGAACAAUGUAGUGACAAGCUGAUCUUGUGAUCUUGGAGCGAUAUGGUAGAAGCUUACGACAGAACGUCUAAUGUGAGAAGCACUGAGAAGAUAAAUUCGGUAGUGGAACGAUUGAUGCACCCAAGGCGAAUCGAUCGCGCCCGACAACAAGAUUAAGAUGAGAUCGCACAUUGGUACUGACUCGCGGAAGAUAGCAUGCGACCCCAAGAUACAGCUUGAUCUAACGAGCCGUGCAGUUGCAAUUGACGGGGUAGGUCAGUCCUUUCUGGCAAAACCAAUCCGGUUUCUGAGCAACUUUUUUAAACUACUAACAAAAAACAGUGAAGGAUAUGGAGGAAUUCGAUUACAAUUUUUGGUGAUAUUUGCGUUAGCAUACAGAAUAUAUGAACAUGUAUUCUUCUUGUGUAUUUUAGCAAUGAAAAUCACAUUUAUUGGGUUUUUGAAGAUCAUGACGAAGCGUGUGUCCUUGUUUUUUACACAGAAAUUAAACCGUUUACAGAAAAGGUUCGGUUCAUUGAGACAUUGAGCUUUAAACGAAUGAAAUGGAAUGAUUCCGUACAGCUAAAAUCGUCGGUUGGAAUCCUUUUGGCAGGCAACACGAAUCCACGGCCAGCAUGGGAAGAAGGACUAGCGAUUGAAAAAGGCAAUUUUUGUUUCCGAUCGAACCAAUCUCGACGUACAGUGUGUUGUUAAUAAGCUUUGUAAACAGUGGUGUGUGUGUGUGUAAGCUUGUUACUUGCGCGCAAUGUGUGGAGCCUUGUGAGGUGUUUUGAGCCUGUGUUGCCCUACACUUCACCUCCACAUUGCCCCUGGUGUGUGCUCUCGCUGCAUUCGCCAACGACAGCAGAAACAGCAGAUUGAUCGUACAUAAAUUACAGAUUACAAUAAUAACAGAUCGCGAUGAACUGAACGCCGCCGCUCAGAGACUAGGAAAGUUAAGCAAAAACAAACAAACAAA